AUGCCGAAAGAGAAAGAAUGUGUUCCAGACAUGACCUUGAAUUUGUUUCAGCCGAAAAAUAUACUUGUAACAUUGAAACGGAAACGACCCGGAAAUAUAUCAAAUAUCAAGCAAGUGUAUAAUAUUCGGUACCAAACUAACAAGGCGCUUAGGGGGGAUAGAACUGAGAUGCAACAACUCUUGAAACUGUUGGAUUAUAGGAGUAACAGUUACGUGUCUAGAUACCGAACGUACGAGGAUGGAGUUACUGUUAGAGAUAUAUUUUGGACUCAUCCUGAUUCCAUAAAGUUGUUCAACACGUUUCCUACGGUUCUCAUCCUUGAUUCAACCUACAAGACCAACAAGUAUAGAAUUCCAUUAUUGGAGAUGGUUGGUGUUACCUCAACUGAGAAGACAUAUUCUGUUGGGUUUGCAUUUCUUAAGUGUAAAAAAGAGGACAACUUUACUUGGGCAUUAGAGGUGUGUCAGACACUGUUGAAGGAUCAAGGUGAGAUGCCUAAAGCGGUUGUUACCACUGCAAUACCACAUUGA